GAUUCUGCGCAAGCUUGUGAUCUGAGCAGAUCAAGCCGGGUUGGAAUCGAGAAGCUUGGCUGUCAGCUCGGCCUGAUAGACAAAAUAACAUAACUUUCCUGUGCAUAUUUUGUCGCAAAUUAUAAUGAAGAUAUGAAAAUGGCACAGAGGGACACAUUUUUACAUCUCUUUGCUGGGGGGUGUGGCGGUACGGUUGGUGCCAUCGUCACCUGCCCCCUGGAGGUGCUGAAGACGCGGCUGCAGUCCUCGGGCCUGGCGCUCAGGCCUGUCUUCCAAGUGCAGCUGGGUACAGUCAGUGGAGCAGGCGUCAUCCGGCCAGGUGCAGUCACGCCGAGCCUGCUACAGGUCUUAAGGUCAAUUCUUGAAAAAGAGGGAUCGAGAUCACUCUUCAGGGGACUAGGUCCAAACCUCGUUGGAGUUGCACCUUCAAGAGCUGUGUAUUUUGCCGCCUAUUCCAAGUCGAAAGAGACUUUCAAUGGCAUCUUUGUGCCUAACAGUGGAGUUGUACAUAUGUCCUCAGCAGGAUUCGCAGCUUUCAUCACAAACACCCUUAUGAACCCUCUUUGGAUGGUCAAGACACGAAUGCAGCUGGAGAAAAAAGCAAAAGGAGAGAGGAAGAUGAACGCGCUGCAGUGUGCGCGCUACGUUUAUCAGACUGAGGGGGUGCGCGGCUUCUACCGGGGCCUGACGGCGUCGUACGCCGGCAUCUCCGAAACCAUGAUCUGCUUCCUCAUCUACGAGUCCCUGAAGAAGAACAUGGAAGAGCAGCGCAUGACCGUGGCCAAUACCGAGGCCAGCAAGGGCGUGUCGGACUUCUUGGGCCUCAUGGCAGCAGCAGCCUUCGCCAAGGGCUGUGCCUCCUGCAUAGCAUAUCCACACGAGGUCAUCCGAACGAGACUACGUGAAGAGGGCAGCAAGUACAAGUACUUUUUCCAGACGGCGCGUCUGGUGGCAGUGGAGGAGGGUUACGCUGCCUUUUACAGGGGACUCAUUCCACAGCUCAUCCGACAGAUCCCCAACACAGCCAUCACGCUGUCCACUUACGAGCUCAUUGUCUACCUGCUAAAGGAGUCGUCCAACUGAGGGCCAAUCUCCCGCCAUCCUACCCCUGCCCUUAACACCCCAGGCCCCCAACCCCUCCACCCCUCUUUCCCCAGGGCCCUGGACCAGACAAGGGGAACAAGCCAGAGACUGUAGACUUUGCAGAUGAGGUGGCCUGAAUGUACAUCCUGUUGUAACAGGCUUUCUUUUUUGCUUGAGUGGGAUGUAGGCUUGAGUGGCUUCCCAAAGACUUUUUAAGCCUUCUUUUUUGUAUCAUUAUAUUUUAUUUUAAUGGAUGCAUACGAUCAGAUGUUACUGGUGAGACACACAUACAUCUGGAAGGACUUUGCGAGAAAUGAAGUUUGUAAAGAGUGAAUAUGGUACAUCAGAGUGUAAAUUAUCCAUGUGGACAAGAAACUACUACAUAGUUGUACAGAAAGAGAAAUAAUAGGUAUCUGAAAAUAUGGAACAUUUAAGUUAACUAAAUUAUUGUUAUCAUUAUUGUUACCAGUUGCUGUCUCUUAUUUCCGUCUCUGUUUGUCCUUCUAUCAGUGGUAAAUGUCAAUGUUUUGACCACUUUACCUGUGGACCUUUAGAAUAGGAUGCUAAAAUAAGGGUCUCACUCUGCUUGCUAUCAUACAUGUACACACUCACCACAUCAUGUUGGAGUUGAUAGCUCCUACAUAGAUCAAGAGUUCAACUAAACGAUUAACUGGUUUCGUUUCCUAUAAGUUAAUCAAGGUCAUUUUUAUGUUUUGUUUGUGAGCAGCAUCAAUAGUUCUUUUACAGAAAAAUGCAUAUUUAACCAGUGGUUGAAUAAAAACACAUUGGUCAAACUUUCAUUUAACUUUUU